AAAUCAUUUGGUAAAAUGGAUAAUCCCAGUGGUUCCGCUCCGAUAACCGAAGAAACAGCGGAAGAAAUAAUACGAGAAUCAUCAGAUUUGGCAAAUGAUUCUUUAGAUGUGGUUGAGCCAUCAAGUGAACCCAAACCCGAAAGCCUAUCCGAUGAAGACAAUUUUGACGACCAUAAUUACGAAACCAUCGAUGACUCGCCCCAGGAUCUACCGGAUGGGGUGCAAUACUACCCGCCUCCGAAACCUUCUCCAACGUCGUCAGUCAACAGCUUAGGCAGUCAACGUUUGACCCUUUCCUCCCGUGAAGGGCAUCGCUGGAAUGCAUUGUCGCGGCCGAAAUGCCACUGCCUGGAGGAUACCAUCGAACAGUUCCGGAAAGUGCUCGAUCCCAGCAAGGUGGACAACUUGAGAAGACAGCUGCACGAUCAAAAAAUUAUCAGGGAAGUAACUGAAGGCAAACAUCUCGACUGCUGCACCCGACCUCCGACGCCCCAACCACCAAGUGGUCGCCGUCAGCCAAUUGAUUCCCGACAACAAGAACAAAUAACUCAAAAGUUCAACGCACGACUCAAGCGGGAUGCGUUCGAUCGCCUGAUGGAUAAAGUAUUCACCAUGCUACCUCGCCUGGUGCUACAGGCGGACAUCACCGACAUGUCCCACCUUUCGUCCUCCACGCAGCAAAUGGUUAACGUUAUCAUCUCCACCCUCAACAGUUACGCUGGUAAACCGCUAACCAUUCACGAUCACGAGCUGUACCUUCAUGUGGCCGUCGGAUUGGCGCGAUUCUUUGAAGAUGUCAUCGAAUCCGUUCGGCGGAAAGUUUACUCCAAUGAAAGCAUCUCCGGCAAAGAGGGCAAUAAAUGGAAGGGAAAGUGUAGUAUGGCUACGGCAACUCUGGAGAAAUUUAGUGAAGAUUUGGAUAACAUUCAGCGGUCGAGGGAAAUACUAAAAUUAAGGUAUUCGAGCAACGCUAGUUUGAGUAAAGAAAGCGACGAUCAAUAA